AUGUUAAUAAUACUAAUUUUUCUUCCUGUCGUUGCAACUUUUGACUAUUCAAUUAAAAUCGAAGAAAAAUCUUCGAUUAAUAAAACAAUUUAUCAAUUUUCACGUUCGUAUGAAUUAUUAAAUAAUUUUCAAUCAAGUUUCAAUUUAACGAAUGAUAAUAAAAAUUUAAUUUUAACAAAAAAUAUCGAUCGUGAUUAUUGGUGUCUACAAAAUAUUUGUUCGUGUGAUUAUUGUUCAUUUAUUCUUGAAUUGUUUUCGAACGAUGAUAAGAUUUCUCCAACAUUCUCAACGAUUAAUAUCACAAUAACUGAUAUAAAUGAUCAUGCUUGUCAAUUUUUGGAUAUUCAAAAAAAUAUUUUCUUAUCUGAAUCUAUUCAAAUUGGUCACCGCUUUCCAAUAGCACGUGCAAUUGAUUAUGAUUCAGGUAUAAAUAGUCAAUUAUCAUUUAAACUUAUUGAUAAUAAUGAUUAUUUUGAAUUAAAUAUAAUAAAAUUAUCAACAAAUGAAUAUGCAUUAUAUGGAAUUGUUAAACAUUCAUUUGAUAGAGAAUUAAAUGAAAAAUAUGAUUUAACUAUUGAAGCACAUGAUCAUGGAAUUUCACAAGUUAGAUUCAAUCGUACAAAAGUAACACUUUGGAUUUUAGAUGAAAAUGAUAAUGCACCAAAGUUUAAUCAAACUGAAUAUUCCAUUCAAUCACUUCCAGAAGAUACUCCAAUGGGCACUGAAUUAUUAAAAAUUACAGCUACCGAUGUUGAUAAAGGUUUAAAUGGACUUAUACAUUAUUCAAUCAUAAUUGCAUCAGAUAUAUCAUUAUUUCCAUUUGUAAUAAAUGCAACGACUGGAGUUAUUAGUCUUCGGCUAUCAUUAGAUUAUGAAACAGUUCGUUCGUAUCGAUUUCUAAUACGAGCAUCCGAUUCUGGUUUACCACAAUCUUUAUAUACUGAUACUUGGCUGUCGAUUAAGAUCAAAGAUAUAAAUGAUUGUCCGGUUGAAAUCUUUUUUCUAUCUAAUCGACAGUUUCAAUAUGAUAAUCAAAUAUUAUUUAUAUAUGAAAAUACAGAAAUAAAUAAUUUAACAUUAGGUUACAUUCGUUUAUAUGAUCGUGACUCUGAACAAACAAAACUUUCCCUUUCAUUAGUAAUGUUAGAUAAAAAUGUUAAACAAGAUUAUGAAGUUAUUCUAUCUAAUCAAAUUAAUUCAUAUAAAUUAAAUGUUAAACAAGGAAUAUUUGAUCGAGAACUUCAGACAGAAAUAAAUCUUCGUUUUAUAGCUUCGGAUACUUUAUUAACAUCAAUUUAUGAUUUGAAAAUCCAUUUGAUUGAUUUAAAUGAUAAUCCAAGUGAAUUUUCAUCGAAUCUAUUGAAAUUUUAUGUUGAAGAAUUAGCAAAUUAUCAUAUGGUUGACAAUUUGAUUGAAAAUUAUCAAUUAACAAUUGGUUACUUAAAUGCAUUUGAUCGAGAUGAAGGUGAAAAUGCAUUAAAUAAAUAUGAAAUAGAAUUAAAUUCAUUAGUUGAAAUUGAUCCUGAUACUGGACGAUUAUUUUUAAUCCAACCAAUUGAUCGAGAACAAAUAUCAAUUAUUGAAUUAAAAGCAAAGGCUAUUAAUAUUGUUGAACCAAAAUGGGAGACUGAAGUUCAAAUUCAAAUUCAUAUUUUGGAUGUCAAUGACAAUAUUCCUCACUGCUUAGCAUCUUAUCAACGAAUAUCCAUUCCGGAAAAUUUUCCAAUUGAUCAACCAUUAAUUAAAAUAAACGCAACUGACGCUGAUUAUGAUAUAAAUGGAACAAUACAUUGUUCGUUACGAACAAAUUCUUCGUGGCCAUUUGAAAUUAAUUAUAAAACCGGUGAAAUUUAUUCAGAACAAAUAUUUGAUUAUGAAUUAGAAACUAAAAUUUUCAACAUAAUUAUUGAUCUCGAAGAUGAAGGUUUUCCAAGAAAAAAUCAAAAUAGAAAUGCUUGUCAAUUAGAAAUAAAUAUUGAAGAUAUAAAUGAUAAUCGACCUGAAUUAUUUGAUCAGAAACAAACACAAAUUUUUGUUGAUCUACAAAAUCCAUUUAACGCUGAGAUCGUUUUAUUAAAUGUUACAGAUUUAGAUUCAGGUGAUAAUGGAAAAAUAAAAUAUACUUUAUUAACACAUGAAAAUGAUUCUCACUUCAUUAUUUAUCAAAAUGGUAGUUUACAAAUGACACAUCAAAUUAAUCAAUUAGCCCUGUUUGAGUUAAAAAUUUUAUUGGAAGACUACGGUAUACCAUCACAACAAACAAUAAUUAUUGUCAGUGUUGCCAUUGGUGAUUCAUCAAUACUAUCCUAUUCAACAUUUGAAAAAGUUCAAUUAAAAUAUUCUCGUUCAAGAUCUAUUGGUCUUAUCGUAGGCUUAUCAGUUUUAAUAGUAACAUUUGGAUUAUUUUUAUGUAUUAUUAUUACUUGUGUAUUACUUCGAAAACAUCGUCGACAGCAUCAAGCAGCGAUAAUAGCACGAAAAAAACUUUUAUGUUCAUCAUCACAACAAUUAACAUCAUCAGGUUCAACAGAAACAACAACUACAACAUCGUUAUCUAUUGAACAUCAACACAUCGCAAAUAUUCUACAAAUCAAACCAACUUAUUGGCAUGAGAAAUAUUAUGAUCAACAUUCAUCGAAUUCUUAUAAUGUUGAUACUUCAUCAUCCGAAUCACGAACAUAUAAAAUUCUUCAUAUACCUCAAGAUAGUGAAUAUUAUAUGCAAUACUAUCAACAAGAACAACUAGUUAAUCAUGGUUCUGAUCAUGGUUAUCAUGGAAGUAAUGAAACAGGUUCAUCGUCAUCACCUGCAUCACAAGUAUCAGUCCGUCGUUUAUAUAUGGUUAAUCAAUUACCUGAUUUUGUUACGAGAUGUAAAAGUGUUAAUGGAGGAUUUCUUAUCGAAAUGAAUGUUGAUGCUAGUGAUGAAGAUGCGAGAUAA